CAUAAGAUCGAUCGCGCGAACAAGUUAAUCUUCGACCGAAUUAAUUAAACGUUUAACGGAGUCGCGAUUUUUAAUCGAUGCGAAUUGACCGAUAAAAGAUUAAUGCUCGUGAUAGAAUUCUUUUUUCAAAUCGGUGCAUCGUAGACAGGAAAUCCGCGUAAAACAUUCUUUACAGGUAUCCACAUGGCAUUAGACGAUUCGAGGAACGUUAACACGAUAACGUUCGAUAAUUGUCUUACAGCGAACUAACGACUCUUUCAGCGAAUCCUGGCACUCGUCGAUCCGACGUCGAUACGGCCAAUUACGUCCAGUCGAGUAUCUCGAAGCGUACAUAAAACUCGCGAUAACCGGUGAUUCGAACAUCCGCGAUACGAACAUCGACCGCUGACACAUGCACACGGACGACGACCCCGUCGCAGAAUUCACGAACACUUAAUCACGUAGCGUGGAAAGCUCUUUAAAAAGAGAGGCACGAGAGCUUUCGUUGGAACGUUGGAAGUUGGUAUGGCGGUGGCCGACGAUCGACCGUAAGAAAUCUGGUGCAUUCUCAAAUCUGUCAGAAUAAUUCUCUUUUCGCGCGUCCACCAUCGGGUACCGCGUUCUUAUCACAUUACUACUUAGUCGAUGGGUUAGCUGGUUAAUUUCGAAGCAUGCCCGUAAGUGUUGAACGCAGCCAACCCAUUAACGAUAUUACUUAUCGCAACACACGACGUACGACACGUAACCGCACGCGUAAAUACGCCCGCGACCUCUCAUCGCACGUCCAUACAUCGAUCCUCCACCCUCAGUGCCGCCCACGGUACAGCAGUUCUCGUUCACGAAGCUACCCAUGAACGCCGGGGAGUUCGCAAACCUGCAGUGUAUCGCACCGACCGGUGACCUGCCUUUGAACAUACGUUGGAGCUAUCCCGGAGAAGAGAUGGGCGGUUCCUCCGGCGUACUUGCGAAGAAGGUCGCGGAUCGCGUUAGCAUGCUCAUGAUCUCAGUCAUCACCGCGAGACACGCGGGGGAGUACGUUUGCACCGCUGAAAACGCGGCUGGAACCGCGUCCCACUCGACCACGCUCACCGUCAAUGGUUCGGGACUAUCAUCCGUUCCUACACAAUUUUACACGCUCUCGUUUUUUUUACCUUUUUAUCUAUUAUUUCGUCUCGUUUCCUUUCGUUUAUGCACCAUCCUGGCAAACAGCACCGUAGAGAAAAUAAACCCAUAUUUGAUAUCCCGACCUCCUUGUAUCGAGAAUCCAACGUCGUACACCUUGACCACAACAUGGUUCUCCUAUGAGAUGUUGAACGUUACCAAAGAUGUAGAGGAUUUUUAACGAGUGUACGCAGCGAGAGAGAGUGAUUUGUAACGCGUGCGAUGA